GCUCGUCAGACGGCGUAGCGCACAGCUGAUUUUGACGUCGUGUGUCGUCGGCGAAGGCGAAGGCUUAUAGUGUGCUUAUCGGAAAGUCAGUAAAUAGUGCUGAUAAUUUCCGUAUCGGCAAUGUGCUCCGCAAUUUCUUCGUAGCGUCGUUAGCCGAGAUCAAGUGCGUUGAUUAAAUCGAAAUUUGAAUUAGAAAAAAAAAAAAAAAAAAAAAAAAAAAAAACUUGGAAAACCAAAACCAAAAAGAAAAAUAAAACAACCACGACCGCCACACGACGAACAAAGAAUCGUAAAAAAGAAAACGAAAACCGACGCGUUUCGCGAAAGGGCAAAUGACCCAUCGGACGUGUAGAAAAGUGCCCGUUUCCAACUGCUCAUCGCGAAUUAUCGCGCCGAUUCAAAACCGCGUGCAGUUAAUUCACCUUACAGUGCAAAAGAAAAGUUUAAAAAAAUAUUUAUCGUCAUGUGUUUUACCGAGGAAUGAAUUCGGAUACUCGUAGAGAAACACAGUGUCGCUGCUGCUUGCGUUCGAGUAGCGGUUGAAGAUGGCCGAUCUGAAGAACCUGACUCUGGGUGGAGGGACCAAGUACAAUGGAGACGAACAAGUCCAGUUCAUCGCCAGCGAAAGUCAUCGGGUGACGAUCAGGUCGCCGCCGCCAACGCUGGGCUUCGAGAAUCUCAACAACGCGAUCCUCGGGGGAUCUCAGAACAACAUUCACUGCAGCUGCAACGGGACCUCGACAAACGGAGCCGUUGCUACUGUGACCAGUGGCGGAAUCCUGGCGCGAAAGGUGCCGAAUCACAGCGGAGCGAGUCCUGGCAGCCAGGGAAAUGGCAAACGGCCCGCCGUUUCCCUGACUCAUCUUCCAAAACGGCCACCGGUCGACAUAGAGUUCAAGAAUUUGGCCUACAGCGUUUCCGAGGGCAGAAAAAGAGGAUAUAAGACUAUAUUGAAAUGCGUGAACGGAAAAUUCAGAUCGGGAGAGCUGACGGCGAUCAUGGGACCGUCCGGUGCAGGAAAAAGCACCCUGAUGAACGUCCUCGCGGGAUACAAGACCUCGCACCUCAGCGGUUCGGUGUUGAUAAACGGAAAGGACAGAAACCUCAGGAGAUUUCGAAAGAUGUCCUGCUACAUCAUGCAGGACGAUCGUCUGCUCCCUCAUCUGACCGUUUACGAGGCAAUGACGGUGUCCGCUAACUUGAAACUAGGAAAGGACAUCAGUGCCGUGUCGAAGAAAGUAGUGAUCGCAGAGAUCAUCGAAACCCUCGGGCUGAGCGAUGCGAGCAAUACUCAGACCCACAGCCUCAGCGGAGGCCAAAGAAAAAGACUGUCGAUUGCUCUGGAGCUGGUGAACAAUCCCCCGGUUAUGUUCUUCGACGAGCCAACUUCCGGCCUCGAUAGUUCAUCCUGCUUUCAAUGUCUCAGUCUACUCAAGUCCCUGAGCAGAGGAGGUAGGACGAUAAUCUGCACGAUCCAUCAGCCCAGCGCAAGGCUCUUCGAGAUGUUCGACAACUUGUACCUCCUGGCCGAGGGACAGUGCAUAUAUCAAGGAAACGUUGGAGGUCUGGUGCCCUUCCUUUCGUCGAUGUGCCUCGACUGUCCGAGCUACCACAACCCUGCGGAUUACGUUAUGGAGGUGGCAUGUGGCGAGCAUGGCGAGUGUGUUCACAAACUGGUCAUGGCGGUGAACAACGGGAAGUGCAACAACUACCAACAUCAUCAGGCGGCUCUGGCCGCUGCUCAGACGGUGUCGAAUAACAUUGCGAAAAAAUCGCCAAUCCAAGAACAGACCAAACCCACCGGAGCCUCGGCGCUCGUUCCAAAUGGGGUUGCAAAAACACCCGGAGGACCGACUGUGAUAAACGUACCUGUUUCCUGCACCACCUCCCUCCUGGACAGUGCCGAGAGCAUAGAGCAAAAGGUCGGCUUUCCGACGAACGGAUGGUUGCAGUUUUGGAUAUUGCUGAAGCGGACUUUCCUGUCACAGAUCAGAGACAUGACUUUAACAAGAGUAAGGCUGAUUUCACACAUAAUCGUUGGAUUUCUGAUCGGUGCUAUUUACUACGACAUUGGAAACGAGGCCUCGAAAGUCAUGAGCAACGCUGGAUGCGUUUUCUUCACUGUCAUGUUCCUCAUGUUCACUGCUAUGAUGCCUACUAUUCUCACAUUCCCUAUAGAAAUGGCGGUGUUUGUAAGAGAGCAUCUGAAUUACUGGUAUUCACUCAAGGCGUUUUACUUCGCGAGAUCUCUGGCGGACUUGCCUUUUCAAAUCGUCUACUCAAUUGCUUACGUCAUGAUAGUAUACUUCAUGACGUCUCAACCUCUCGACGCUCGGAGAUUUCUAAUGUACCUGACCAUUUGCAUCCUGACAUCGUUGGUCUCUCAGUCGAUCGGCUUAUUAAUUGGAGCCGCAAUGAGCGUAGAGAGCGGAGUGUUCAUCGGCCCCGUGACGUCAGUGCCCAUCGUGUUGUUUUCCGGUUUCUUCGUGAACUUCAACGCGAUACCAGGGUACCUUAAAUUCCUCUCAUACGUGAGCUACAUCCGUUACGGAUUCGAAGGGGCGAUGAUAUCGGUAUACGGUGACAACCGGGCGAAAUUAAAGUGCUCGGAGGUCUAUUGCCAUUUCAAAAGCCCGAAGAAAUUCCUCGAAGAAAUGUCGAUGCAGAACUCAGUUUACUGGGUCGACGUCGUGGCUCUGAUAGGAUUCCUGAUAGGCCUAAGGAUCGUAGCCUAUUUCGUGCUCAGAUUGAAGCUCAGAUCUCUUCGUUGAUCCUUGAUCGUUACCGCGUUACGUUUUAUCGACAAUAAGAAGUUGUUUUCAUUUAUCCAAAUCAUCGUUUCUCACGGUCGUUUCGUAACAACGCGCAUGCACUCGAUUGCACCUUCCGAUUCGCGUUUUAGCAGACCGGUUAUACACAAUUUAAUGCACAUGAAUUACAUUAACAACGACGAGCAGAUCGUUAGCCUUACAAUCAGUUUUGUUGCGGGCUUGUUUUAGAUGUGAAUAUAAACUAAUUGCCGAACACGACGAUUACCGGAGUGACGAAAACUCUAGGCUUUUGCGGUGAUUCGCUUAAUUUCUUAUAGAUAUUUAAUUCUAUUCAUUCGACCGAUCGAUCUUGUUUGAUGGAAUGGCGAGAGGAUCGGGAGUAAAAAGGAAAGCUGAGGACCGAGAAAUGAGAGAGUAUAAAAUGGAGGAAACACGAUGAACGGAACUCACGGAAUUGAACUAUUAUUACGAUAUAAGAUAGCCAACUCGAUCCUGAUACUUCGAUGGCUUUUAAUGAUAUUCUCAUUUUCACGUCACAUUCGUACUGAUCGAUGUAUAAUUAUCAUAUAUACAUAUAUUUGUAUAUA